UGUGUUUUGUGAUAACGUGAUUUGGAUUUUGGAAUAAAUAUAUUUGUUGAAACCUAUGAUAUAUAAAAAAGCUUUAGAUACGUUACAGUACGACCAACGUAACUUGGCGGGCCUGAACAUAGCCUCUGCGAACUUUCGCGCAUGUACACUCGUAAAAAAAAGUGUUAUAGGCAUUCAUUUUUUUUUAACUGAAAUUCUAAUAAAAAUGUCCUUAUACAGAGACCAAGUACAAAUAAAAUAAAUAUCAAACCGCUAUGAGACAUAAAGCUAUAAAAAUAACCUAAUGAAUUCAGGAUUCACUCACCUUUCGAUAUAGAGAAUGAGUCGCGACAGUAUAUUGCUCAAAAAGGUAUCAUCAAGUGGCAUUCACAAAAAUUCUAAGAAACGCAAAAGGAAGAACAGUCGAAAAAUAAGAAAUUUGUUCGAUAAAUUGAGGAAUGAGAGCUCUAAUUCAGAGUCAAGCUCAAAUGUAACUGUUAUCGAAAUUACUGAUAGUAAUUUAGAAGCUCCAACUGAGCAGAAUGCUGCGAUAAAUCCUAUCGUAAUAGCUGAUGAUGACGUGAACGAUACAAACACAUUAAAUAUUGAAACACCUCGAUCUGAUAUAAAUAUAUGUCCGCUGCAAUGUUCCACACCAAACUCAUCUAGGUCACGUACAUUAACUAACUUCAAUGAAGAUGUAUUGAACUUAACGAAAGUGAUAAAUAACGAUUCAUAUCUAACGAUAGAUCUAACUACGGAGAGCACAUUAAAUGCAUCAAAAAGACCAAACGCAGUCAUAGAUUUAGUAAACAAUUCUCAAGAAUCAAUUGACUCAAAUAUUUCAAUGAGUGGAGAUUCCGAUGUGACAGUUAUAAAUACUCAAAUAGCAAAAAAGAAAAAUGGAGUUAACUGUGCGACAGAAACUGCGGAAGACACAUAUAUAAAAGAAGUGAUCCUUGGUCGAGCGCCGUCCAGAAAUAGCAUAGGUAGUAACAUAUAUAACCCAGAGAGAGAUAUUAAGAACAAAACUGGGUUAAGAAUGGUUGUGAUCGACGGCAGUAAUGUUGCUAUGCAACACACCAAAGGACGAAUAUAUUCUGUCAAAGGUCUCAAAAUCUGUAUUGAUUACUUUGUGAACAGAGGACAUGUUGUCAAAGCUUUUGUGCCACAUUUUAGAUGCAAAAACGGCAAAAGCACAGAUGGUCAUAUGUUAGACCAACUAGAGCGGUUAGGGCUUGUUGUGUACACUCCAUCAAGAGAAAUUCAGGGCAGAAUGAUCACUUCUUAUGAUGAUAGAUACAUAGUACAAUGCGCGGCAGAAUUCGACGGCGUUAUUGUCUCUGGUGACAACUACAGAGAUCUUCUAGUCGAGAAUCCAAGAUGGCGGUUCGUCAUAGAGAAUAGACUCUUGCAAUUCACAUGGGUCGGCAAUAUGAUUAUGUUCCCUAAAGAUCCUUUGGGAAGAAAUGGACCUACUUUGGAACAGUUUUUAAGGCAUCCAUUCCCGAAUGAACAAAAUUAAAUGUCA